CCCGCUGCCCGGCGCAGCCCGCCGCGGCUGUCCGGUGAGGAUGAAGCCCGUCGGGGGUCCCCGCCCACCCCGGGGCCGGCACAGCUCGCUGCCGCUCGCUUCCAUUUCCUGUGCCGCUUUUCCUCCUCUUCCCGCAGCUGGUGCCCAUGGCCGGCCCCGCCGCCGCCGCCGCUCCGCUCCCUCCCGGGCAGCGCGGCCUCUCCCUGCAGGAGCCUUCGGGUGCGGGUGCCCAGAAGGGUCAGAGCUUUCAGAUGCAUCAGCCCCAGGUGAAGCUGUGGGUGACAGCGGGGGAGACGCUCACCCUGACCUGCACCACAUCUGGAGAUGGUCCCAUUGGUCCUGUGAAGUGGCUGAAGGGCUGGGGCAGUGAGAAUGAGACCAUUUACGACCAGACGGCCACGUUCCCCCGUGUGACGAGGGCAGCGGCUGGGUCCAACACAGACUUCACCAUCCACAUCAAGGACGUUCGCCUCGAGGAUGCCGGCACCUAUUACUGCGUGAAGUACCAGAAGUCUGUGCAUGGUGUUUCGGUGUUUCAGCAUGGAAAGGGCACCGAGGUGUCCCUGAAUGAGGCAGCCCUGGCUCCCAGCAUGGUGGCUGUAGCUGCAGUGCUGUGCUUCCUACUCCUCGGCUUCUUCAUCGCCCUUUGCAUGUACAGGAGGAAGUUCAGAAGCGAGGCAGAGAGCCAGGACCAGGCCAGGGCAGUGGCUGGAGGCAGCUUCUUGCCCAUCCCUCUGCGGUGCUGUGCAGGGACCCCCAGCUCCCCCAGCCAAGCCUUGGACCCAGAGACCUUCCAUCUGCCCAGCCAGCAAAGCAGCAAGGAGGACAAUGACAUCCACUACGCCGAUCUCCAGGCCCUGCCCGCAGCCCCACAGCACAGCAGGAGCCCCGGCACAGCCCGCUCCGAGUACGCCAGCAUCAGGGUGGCUGCCAAGUGUACCAGUGCCCAGGACUUCAAGCUAGAUCAGCCCCAGGGCAAUGUGUCAGUGACAGCGGGGGAGACGCUCACCCUGACCUGCACCACAUCUGGAGAUGGUCCCAUUGGUCCUGUGAAGUGGCUGAAGGGCUGGGGCAGUGAGAAUGAGACCAUUUACGACCAGACGGGCACGUUCCCCCGUGUGAUGAGGGCAGCGACUGGGUCCGGCACAGACUUCACCAUCCUCAUCAGGGACGUUCGCCUCGAGGAUGCCGGCACCUAUUACUGCGUGAAGUACCAGAAGUCUGUGCAUGGUGUUUCGGUGUUUAAGCGUGGAGAGGGCACUGAGGUGUCCGUGUACGCCAAACCCAGCAGGCCGGUCGUGUCCGGGCCAGAGAGCAGAGCAGGGCCGGGGCAAUCGGUGCCUUUCACCUGCACGGCCGGAGGGUUCUUCCCCAGAGAAAUCGCUGUGAAGUGGCUGAAGGACGGGGCCCAGAUCUCGGCUCAGCAGCCCCAGGUCACCCCCGGGCAGACGAAAUCCUCCUACGACGCGUCCAGCACCGUGUCGGUGACGCUGCAGGAGGGCGACGUCCGCUCGCAGCUGCAGUGCGAGGUUCAUCACCGCACGCUGCCGGCCCCGCUGCGGAGCAGCUUCCAGCUCAGCCGAGCCCUGCGAGUGCCCCCCAGCGUGCAGGUGGUGGCUGAGCCGCCGAGCCCCGUGGAGCUGAACAAGACGGUGAACUUGACGUGCCUCGUGAAGGGGUUUUACCCGGGAGACGUGGCCGUCGCCUGGCUGGAGAACGGGACGGAGAUGAGCGCGGGGAGCGCCCCCCCGCCGGCGGAGACCCCGCGGGGCUUGUUCGAGCUGCGCAGCCUGGUGGAGGUGCAAGCGACGGAGGAGAAGAACGGGUCCGUGUUCACCUGCCGCGUGGUGCACGACGCCCAGGGCCCCAUCAGCGGGACGAGCACCCUGCGGAUCGCUGCCCCGGCCAAGGGCGGGCUGAGCGACCGGUCCCAGACUGAUAACGACAAUUUGGUCCUCAUUUACAUCGUGGUGGGGGUGGUCUGCACCAUGCUGGCACUGCUGGUGGCUGCAAUUCUUUACCUCAUCCGGGCAAAGCAGAGCAAAGGUAAAAGCUCACCAUCAGCUAGGUUACAUGAGCCGGAAAAGAGCAGCGAGGCCAAUACCCAGGAAUCCGACCCCAACAACCUGACCUACGCGGACCUGAACUUCGACAAAGAGAGGAAAACCAUCCGCCGCAUGGUGGAGAUGAGCCAGCAGUCGGAGUACGCCUGCAUCCAGAGCAGCCGGGCGCCCAACGGCGAUGACAACCUCACCUAUGCCGACCUGGACAUGGUGCACCUCAGCAAGGCACCCCCGCGGCCGGCCCCGCGCCCCGAAGAGGCCGGCUCUGAGUACGCCAGCGUCCAGAUCCCGAGGAAGUGAGCAGGGCUGCAGCGGGACCCCCGCGUCACGGGGAGCCAGCCUGCCCCUGCCCGGGAGGAUGUUCUUGGGAGCACCGAGAGCGAUGUGAAGAUGCGCUGCGGUACCCGCGUUUUGGGAUGGAAAUGGAGCCCCCCGCACUGUGGGGGUUGGCUCCCAUCCGCAGAGACCUGAUUUUGGGGGGGGGGGCAGCUUUGUCCCGGGGCUGCCGGCUCCAUCCCUUGGGGAUCCCCCCCGUAGCCAUGGGGACUGCUCAGCCUCGGAGUGCCGGGAUUGCCCGUGAGCGGGUUAAUCCAGCAGAGCAGCGACAGUGCCUCCACGCCGGCUCCCAUGGGAAUGCCACUGCCGCCCUGACCCCGCAGGGAUGGGCUGGAGCCCCUGCACUGCCUUCUGGGGCUCUGCUGCCUGGAAACCAAACUGGCUUUAAAGGAAGGACCGGAGCGUCCGCAUCUCUCUUCCCAAGUGUCCCUUCUGCGGGCCAAUGAUGCUGGGAAGGCCGGCGAGCCGAGCCCCCCCCGACCCCCCAAGGCUUCUGCCCAUCCUGCCGCCCAGGGAGGCUCCAGGUACGCCCCCCCCCCCCCGGCACAGAGCAUCCUUUUCAUCACCCUCUACACAGCCUUGCCCUGCCCCGGCACCCACCAGCGCUGCCCCAGGCUUGUACAACGCGUGCAGCUCGUCCCCGGCCGGUGCCCCCCCCCAGCCCGGCUCCCUCCCCGCAGGUACCGUGUAACAUGUUUUGACUGUUCGCCAUGUAACUGUUAAUUUCUCGAGCUAAACCCCAAUGUUCCGUGCUGUACGUGGGUGUUCUGCUGUGUACUUAACACUAGAAUUAAGAUGUGCAAAACGAAGACCGAGGCCCCAGCUACGACCCCUAAACCCCACAGAGCUCUAAAGGGACUUGCACAACCCCUCCCCAGCUCUAGAGCGGGGGCCAGGCAGGUUGCCCCCAGCCCUUCCUUGGGGAUCAGUGUCUUCCAAGUGCCCCCUCCCUGUGCCCCACUACACAGGGACACCACCCUGCGCUGGCUCCCAUAGCACCCGGGUGGCCUUGCGGCAUGGGGCUGGCCCCCCAUGGUUGCUGGGGGGGGGGGGGGGGAGGGCUGGAGGGACUGGGGAUGUUUUGGGAGUGGUGGGACUGCUUGUACAGAACUUUUUUGGUUUCUUCUUUUUGCUUGCGAGAUAUUUUUAUAAUAAAAGUGGAAAGUCCUGUGCUGCUCCCCCCCA